AUGCUUAGAACUCCACCAGAUACGUCGGGCUUACCGCAGCCACGGAUGCUACAGGAGGGCUCGCCGCGUCAAUACAACCCCCCGGGUCGCAAGCGACCGGUGCGUCAUAUGGCGACAGAUUUCGGGACGAGUAGUGUGUCCGGUGCUGAGAAACGUCGGAUAUACGACGAAUGGACUAGAGCUGGAAAGCCUCACAACUUGAUCUGCUCGCAAUGUCGAAAACCAGAUGAUUUGAUUCCAUGCGAGACUUGCUGCAGGUCCUACCACGCAGCGUGUCUUAUGCUUGGCGGUCUAUCACCUCACGCAGGAGCGUUUCAUUGUCCGUCAUGUAGGCGAAAUCAAUGGGACCAGUCUCUUCAAUUUGACACUCCCCUGCAAUCGUCCAACGUCUCCCCCAGCAGCACCCCGAGUGGGAAUGGCUCCAGAGUCACCAGUCCGUCUGUAUACAUGGCGUUUGAUCAUCGUUCGCCACUGGACUCGCCGGGGUCGACUAUGUAUCCGCAGAACUUCCGACAGCUUGAUCAUUCAAUACCUGUUCAACCUGCCUUCGCAUCUCAGGCCAGGGAUUUCUUGAUGAGCAACGGACAGUUUCCGGCUCACCAGGAGUUUCCGCCUGAGCUUUUGUCGAGAUUAGGAUCGAUGAUGGCAGCUCUGGAGACGCAACGAUCACUGCAAGAUGAGAUUCGGAAUCUGAAAGAGGAGAAUGCAACUUUGCGGAACGAUAAUGCUAACAUGAGGGAUUACUUCAAUUCUAACCUGCCGACUCGUGAGCCCAUGAUCGCCGCUCAGCCAUCGGACAUGUCGGAUACCCCGAAGGUGACUGACACCAGCGAGAAAGCAUGGGACAGGAUCAUGUACGACAUCAUUUGA